AAGAUCUCGAUUUUUCCGCCAACCUCGUCCUGUUGUGUCCGAUCCUUGCUAGUUGCAUCUUCCGAGGAAAUGAAUGCAUCUUUGGAAAGAAGCUACACAAAUUGCAAGACCACUGCCGCCGAUUCUCCCGCCGUCAACGCCGGCGAAAUCAAAGUACGCCCCUCCAUGACUGACGCCAGGAUCGUCAACGGUCCCAGCUUGGCUGGUUUGACUUUUGCAGUUAAAAAACCCGGCUUCUACCGUUACGUCCCCAAAAAGUUAAGGAACACAUUUAGGCUUGCGAAGAAACCAUUUGAGCUAAGUUACGGUCGCAAGAGAGGGGACAAACGGACAGUAUACGACGGGGCAGUGGUGUUCGAUUCCGGUAGCAAGGUGUCGGCUUCUUACGUGCUCGGUACGAGGAACUGUAAGCUCAAGUAUAGUUACUUGCAUGGAGGUGUUACAACAUUGGAGCCUUGCUAUGAUUUGGGGAGGAAUGCGUGGGAUUUUGCAAUUUCCAGGAGAUUAUACGACAAUGUCUUUAAGGCGACUUAUCAGAUAUGGAGCAAGAAUUUGGCUUUGGAGUGGUUGAGAAAUCGUGUGUUUAAUGGGACUUUUAAGAUUUCAGCAUCCGUCAACCUGGCAGAAAAAUCUAAGGACCCGAAAUUUAUCGCCGAGACUACUUGGGAGCUGGAAACAUGAUUUGUUGUAAUCUUGUGUACUUGCAUGUUUGAAUCGUAUAAAAUUUGGAGAAACGGCUUACCAUCCUUAAGCUGCUCCAAUAUUACAAUCUCAAUGGACAGUGACUGUAACAAACUUGUACCACUAGUUUAUCAGAUUUCAGGUCCCAAUUUCAGCAAGUUGUCAGUAUUUGUUAAA